AUGGACCAGGCAUCCAACCGGUCAGGAGUGGGCAGUGAUGAUAUUAUAGAUGAAAUCACAUCCUUGGCAGAAGGCAGGUGGAGCUCUGCUGUUGAAGAUGAUAAUGAUGAUGAUGAUGAGAGCUCUGAUCCUCAGGGACUGUGUCUUGCUGCACCGCAGCCUGCUGGGACUACCUACAAACAGAAAUGUGAAGAGUUUAAGAAGUUGUUCAAAGAGCUGCCGGAGUCAGAGAGACUCAUACUAGACUACCCAUGUGCCCUCCAGCGAGACAUCCUCCUUCAGGGACGCCUCUACCUCUCCGAGAACUGGCUGUGUUUCUACAGUUAUGUGUUUCGGGGUACGAAGUUCUUCUUCACCUCCUUCUCAGCAAGAGAGAAAAGCUAUCAGGGCGUUUUCCGCAUGUGGCAAAACACACUCCUGGACAAGCCUCUGACCAGUUUGGAGUUGUGGCAGAUGGUUAAACAGCAUUAUGGGAAUGAACUGGGCCUGAGUCAUGAAGAGAUGGAGAGCUUACAGGUAGCAACAGAAUCAAGCACGCAGACCAGCCUGACCAUGAGGCCUGGUGGUGAUGACGGCCUGGGCAGGCUGGAGCGACCCCCUUCUCUACGCCUUCCUAGCAUGGAGCAGGGAACCCUAGAAGCCUCCACACCUCAAAGGGAGGAUUUGCCAAGCCCUAUGGGGUCACAGAACUCACCUAACGUGGAUGACUCACGCAACACCCUGUCUCAACGCCGCAGUCCUGCCCCCUCGCUAGAUCGCCUCGCCCUAGAUAGGGUGUCCAAGCGUUCCUCUCUUUCUCUUGACCUCAACGCUAACGAGAAUGGUGUGUCUGAGCAGAGCGGUUCGGAGAGCAAUGAGGACGUGGAGGAGCGAGUGGGUCUGCCCCAGGUGCAGGGGCGCCUUUAUCUAAACAGAGUCUUCAACUUCAGCGCCAACAAAAUGUUUGAUUUGCUCUUCACCGACUCCAGCUUCGUCCGCAGGUUCCAAAGCAUCAGAAAGAUGACAAACGCCAGCUCUACCGCUUGGCAAAAAGACGACUCUGGAAACAUGAAGAGGAGUCUGAACUACACCGUAACCAUCAGCAACCCUUUGAUUGGCAAAUUCUCCACCGCUACAGAGUACCAGACAUUGUACAAAGAAUCGAAGGAUGGUCAGUAUUACCUCCUGGAUGCAGAGGUGUACACUCACGACGUUCCUUAUCACGAUUACUUUUACAUUCAUAAUCGGUACUACAUCAUAAGUACCUCGAAGCGGAAGUGUCGACUAAGGGUCUAUACUGAUGUGAAGUACAAGAAGCAGCCAUGGGGCCUUGUCAAAUCUUUUAUCACUAAAAACUCCUGGAGCGGCAUUGAAGAUAAUUUCAGACAUCUGGAAGCAGAGCUGCUGGAGGAGGAAGCAGAGAUGAACCAAGGAGGGGGAGACUCAGUGAAGAUUAGCGGGCUGCGGAGGAGAAGGCGGGCUUACAGCCGUACGCUGUCGGAGCACAUGAAGCCCAACAAGCAGUAUGGUCAAGACCCUGAACAGCACAGAGACAGCAACAUAGGCCCCACAGAAAUGAAUGGUCCAUAUAAAUGGAACAUCACUACAAUCGUGGCUGGGAUGAGUUUGAUUUUGCUGAUUCUGACGUUGAUGAAUCUGGGCCUGUUUUUCAAGUUGUGGGCCAUGGAGGACAUCGCCCACCGCAUGUACUUGAGCACAAAGCAUCGUCUGAGAGAGAGGAGUGAGGCCAGUGUGAUGCCUGAAUAUGGUCCCAGACAGGGGCCAGGCUAUAGGACCAGAGAGGAGAUGCACCUGCUAAAAACAGUACUGCAGGACUCCAUCAGUCUUUUAGAACAGCUACGCAGUUCUCUGAUGGUCCUACAGCAGAACUUUGCUAUGGCCAAUCGAACGGCAGCGCCGCAGUGACGUUCCCACACAUGGCGACUACAGUGUGCCUCUUCCCUUGUGGGAAAAAAAACAAAACUGCAGUAGUGAACAGCCUCUGAGAAAACCUCUGGUAUCCAGCGACGUUGCCAUGUAAAUGCCCCCAGAUCCCUGACAUGCCAUGUGUUGCCAGGAGUUACACAUCCCAAAGCCUUUAAUGGAACAUCAGGUGCCAGGAUGUUUUUUAAAGCUGGGGACCGACUGCUGGGAGGACAAAGUUACAUCACAGUCAGCUGCACACAGAGCAGUGGGGUUUGAAUUCUGUAGGGUGCUAUUGUCAGCUCACUUGGCUGGCUUCUUUUUCAGUCUUUUCUUCAAUGAUAGUAUCCGAUUUCAGAAAACUCUUUCCACACGUGCCUUCCUAUAUUCUGAUGAGCCUCACGCAUCUGCAGAUGACUACUGUAAAUACAUUUCUGUUUUAUUCUGGGGAAGUGAAUCAAUAUUAUUUAAAACAAUCUUCUCAAUAUUUUUGCACAUUUUAAUUUUUUUGCACAAGUGCCUUAUAGAUUAGGCUGCAUUUUAGAUAUUUUGGGGAUUUUUACUUUUUUGAAAAAUUGUAGAAGCUGUUAGUCAAACUUAAGUUUGUCCCCUUUUUUGUUAUUUGUAAUCAUGAUGAAUCUUUUUUUAUGUAUGUAACUGCAGGAAUCUAUCUAUAAAGGACAGGAACGUCUGUCUGUCUGUCUGUUUGUCUGUUAUUCACAUAUCUCUCGAACCGUUCAUCUGAUUGAUUUCAACAACUACUAUUACUAUUACUACUUUGUAGUAAAAACACACCGCAAAAACAGAUUUCACACGGGCACUGCGCUAGUUACUGUAAUAAUGCACAUUAAAUUGCAAAAUCAGCUGAAUUCUUUGAUUUUUACAGUACUGUAUGCAGAAAAGAAUGCUUAUGAUCCACCCUUUCUCUUCAAACCAUGUUUUUAAGACACAUUUGAUUCAUUUACUUCUAGUUCCGUUCUGGGCUGAUUAAACGGGUACUGUGAAAAUUAAACUGCUCAAACAGGUCACAUACCUGACUUACAGUAUCUGCUGUCAUCACACUUGAUUGUAUUUUUCUUUUUCUUCCUUUUCUGCACUGAGCCAAGUUUAAAAAUGUAUGAUACACUAUUUUUAAUACUUAUUUACUCUGUUAUUUGAUUAAAGGUGUAGGGUCAGUGAGACUAUCUCAGGUUAUUGCAGUACUGUGCACUUACACUGUCGACACUUCAUAUAUGCAAGUUUGUUCUGUGAUUUCCAAAUUGACACGGACACUACACUCAUUUUCCUUGUAAUUUUUAAUCAGUUAUUGGUGACACACCAUAAUGAUUACCUUGAGCCUUGUUUGAUGUUUACAGUGUUGCCUUCACCAAUAUCUGUGUGGAUAAUUUUGUUCAACUGUUUUUUUUUUCACUUAACAAGAUCACAACAACAAACCACCACUUGAUUAUUGCUUACUGAUGACUGCUGUUUUGUACAUUUUAGUUAUAUGGCAAUGCACUGUUUUAAUAAACU